CGAAAUAUUUAUGCGAGUGCGUCAGGCCGGCGUUUAUGUUUACAUCGAGUGCCAGACUGCACAGCAGACGACGUGUGAACCUUCAAAAUUUUCUAUCAAAAUGAACAAAAACGGUCUGGAAAUCGUUGCUGUGGAAGAAAUCACGGAUCCUUCGCCGGCCUACGAAAAGUGUCCGUGGAUUUCAGAGCCCGUCACCUACGAAGGAAGCGGAAAGACAGUGGAAAUUUGCUUGAGCAAGUUUAAAUCCCAAAAUGGAAGCCUCAGAGAAAAUUCAGAUGAUGGGGAAGAAGGGUCUGACGAAAAUGCCAACGAGACAUCCAUCCCGGAGCGCGCCAACUGGGGAGGAAGGUUUGAGUUUCUACUGACGUGCAUCGGCUAUGCCGUGGGACUAGGAAACGUGUGGCGCUUUCCUUACCUAUGCUACAAGAAUGGAGGAGGGGCUUUUUUGAUACCAUAUUUGCUGAUGCUGGCUCUGGUAGGACUUCCCUUGUUCUUUAUGGAGCUUGCAUUUGGACAAUUUGCAUCAUUGGGCCCCAUUACAAUCUGGCGCGUUAACCCGCUCUUAAAAGGUCUGGGUUAUGGCAUGGUGAUAGUCUCAUGGCUCAUCAGCCUGUACUACAACGUGGUCAUAAGCUAUGUUAUCUUCUAUCUGUAUGCAUCUCUGACUAGUGUCCUUCCAUGGACUAGUUGUGGAAACUCCUGGAAUACAGUUCACUGCAUCAGUAAACAUUUCAGCAAUUCAACAGAAAAUGCAACGCAAACAGUAAAUGCCUCAAGUGACAUUCUCCUGUAUAAAGCCAAUGCAACUGUAAGUGCAGUUGCAGAGGAGGCAAGCACAGCAGCUGAAGAAUAUUACAGGCGAUAUGUUUUGGAGCAGUCUGAUGGGAUUGGUAAUUUUGGAACAAUCAACUGGAAGCUGGCUCUUUGUCUUCUUAUCUGCUGGGUCGUUGUUGGAGGCAGUCUCAUCAAAGGAGUUCAGUCCCUUGGAAAAGUAGUUUACUUUACAGCCACCUUUCCAUACCUGAUGUUGACAGUUCUCCUCAUUCGUGGUCUCACACUCAAUGGUGCUGGCAUUGGCAUAGAAUACUACUUGAAACCUGACUUUGAAAAACUCAAGGAACCAAGAGUAUGGAGUGAUGCAGCCACACAGAUAUUCUACUCACUUAGUGCUUGUUCGGGUGGCCUUAUUGCCAUGUCCAGUUUCAACAAAUUCACCAACAACUGCUAUCGGGAUGCACUAAUUGUUGCUUUGUUGAAUUCUGCAACCAGCAUAUAUGCUGGAUUUGUGAUUUUCUCUAUUCUGGGCUUCAUGGCAUAUGAAAAAGGUGUCCCUGUCUCAGAAGUCGCAAAACAAGGUCCUGGCCUCGCUUUUGAAGUGUACCCAGAGGCUUUGUCCCAGAUGCCAGUUCCUCCCUUGUGGUCUGUUUUCUUUUUUCUCAUGAUGGCUACUCUUGGAUUUGGCUCCCAGUUCUCCAUUGUGGAAUGCGUAAUCAGUGCACUGAUUGACGAGUUCAGGCAGAAAAUUGGAAGCAAAAGAAAUAUACUAUACUUUCGUAUCUUCAUUGUCAUCACUUCCUUCAUCUUAGGCUUGCCCAUGGUUUGCAAAGGUGGAAUAUACCUUCUGAACUUGAUAGACUUCAGUGUUGGUGGCCUACCCUUGCUUCUUAUAGGAUUCAUUGAGUUAGUGGCUUUGAAUUGGAUAUAUGGAUUUGAAGACUUCUGGUGUGAUAUUGUAAUGAUGAUUGGUGAGAAGCCAAAACUUUACUGGAAAGUGUGCUGGACAGUUGUUUCACCUGUUGUCAUUUUUGCAACCAUUUUGUUCAAUAUCAUUUACUAUAAAGAGCCUGGAUCAAAAGAUAAUCCCUAUCCUGGAUGGGCUCUGGCCCUUGGUUGGCUUAUAGCAUUAUUCCCUAUUGCGGUGGUGCCUGCUUGGUUCAUAUACAAGUAUUGUACAGAAGGAGGCUGGCAGUUGCUGAAGCUACGAAGUGCCCCUUUGCCAACCUGGGGACCUGCAUUGGCUACUAAUCGAACUGAACGUUAUGAAGCUUGUGAAUCCCAGCCACCUGCCACUGGUCCUAGGUUUGACCUGCUGACAGUCACACGCCCAGAAGAGUUCUUGCGUCUUAUGGCAGGCAGCACGUCCACAUUAAACACAGGUUCUUCACUCACCAUCAACACCAAUGUUGGUUCCAUCUUUGGUAGUAAAUCUAGUGUUUAAGAGUGGAACAAAAGGUGAAAUUUCACUGUAUUUUUUUUGCUUCCAGUCAUCUGUGCAACUGUGGAGCAUUUCUUGACGGUUUGUUUGCUGCUGGUUCAGCUGUACAUUGUCUGAUUUAUAAAAUGCUGACAAUCAACAAUGUACUAUUUGGUGUCCUACCUUCUCAUAGAUGCUCUCUCUCUCUGUUAUACUGAUGCUUUUCAAUUUUAGAAUGAAACAGAAUACGAUCAUAGUUAGCUUUAUACCUAGAUUGCUAGCAAUAUAAAAUUAAAUUAAAAUCUGGACAGAAUUUGUGCUGGUCUGACCACACUGUUAUAAUCCUAACAUUCCAACAUUCGACUUAAGAAUAUAAAUGUUGACCAAAUGACAAAAACCUUUAUGUCUUUAUAAGUUUCAAGCCCACAUGCAUAGCCCUUGUUAACAUCUCAGUCAGACUGACCUAUUUUUUAUUCCUCUUACCUACAAUAAAAGUUGUCUAUCUAAAAAUAAAGCCAACAUUUUCUUAAUAUAAAAAAAACAAACUGUAUUAGUGGUAGGUGAAAGUGAAGUAGGAGCUAUUUGCUCAAAGUAAGCACUCUUAAGGCCUUUUUUGCCUCAGAAUCUACAAAUCUGUAAAAGCCCAUUCAAACACUGAUUGGAGAGUCUUUUUAAGUUUCAUUAUUUUGUCAUAAUGCAUGAUAAACAUCCCUGAAAGAAUUCUUUUAUGUGUAUGUGUGGCUGAAGUAUAAAUCUAUCUUUAGUAAUAAUGAUCUAUAUCUGCAAAGUUAUAUACCUAUAUCAUCAUCUUUGUUAAUGAAAAAUUCUGUUUAGUCAACAUAUGUAUCCUGCACAUUUCAUAUUGGUGUUCAGUAUUAGAUCUGAUCUUAAAAUCCUGUCUACGUAAUAGCAGAAAAAGUGAUAAAUGAUAAAUCUUAUUAUCCUUACAGACACUUUCUUGCACUCUGCAAGUCAUGUAAGAUAAUAUGCAGAUACUGGCUUCAUAAGAUAACAGUACAUGUGCUAAUAUGUUUCUUUAAUGGAUGACAAUAAAAAUGACCAGCAGAUAAGAUGACAGACUAUUACUGUAUUAUUUGUAUAAAGAAAGAUUAUUACCAGCAUAAUAAAAAGAACUAUUUUUGUUCGUGCACUUGGUUUGAAUAUGUGUGAAAAUCUUACACACAUUAUAUUUUUUUUAAUGUAGAUAAUAUGUCUAGGUUUUUGCAAAAGAAAUAAGCUCCAUUAAAGGAUCCACUGAUCUGUUGUCUUGUUCACAACUAUUAAAUGAAGAAAAAUGCUAUGGAUCACCUUUCUCCUGAUAAUUUCAACAUAGUCUUUUGACUGCUGUGGAUAACUUUGUCCUCCAAAAUCAAAAUCACUGAUGCUGAUUUCAUCAAAUGCUCACAUGCAUGUUAAAUUGCUACCUGUGACCUGAAAAAUGAAAAUAAAUGCAUAAAUAGUACCAAUCUUAAUGGAAGUUGUGGUUAGAAGCCUGAAAAAGGACUAUAACAGCAAGGUACUGAAUUACACAUAUCAUAUAACAUCAGUCUUUCUGCAGCCACUAAAGUUAAGUAACAUGGAGAGAUAGAGAAAGAGAUGGUGGGAGAAUGGAGAGAGAGAGAGAGUAUAACAGGCUUUGCUCAACAACUGUGAUCUGAAUCUUGUUAUUGUCACCUAAGGUGAAUGCUUUUUGUUUCCUUAGGACAGGAAACUGGAUUAAGUACAUAUAGUAGUAGUUUUAUGUGUGUGCAUGUAUUUUUGUAUCAAGGAUGUAUAUUUGUCUCUACAUACACCAAACAUGCUUAAAGUAAAUAGAAUUCUGUUAAGUCAGCAGAUAAGUGCAAGAUGCUUAAUUAAAACUUGCAUAGAUUUUGUGUGAUGUCACAUGUGGGCAGUUGUAAAUGUUUUGCUUUAUUGUGCUCCAUGAACUCAAGCAUUUCUGAAAGUUCACGUUUUUUUGGUUAACUCUUGUUAUGGCUGGUUUAGGCAGCUUUUAUCAGCAUUAUUAUUCUAAUAAUUGGUAUUAAAUUGAAAAAUGUUCACUUAAAUUUUUCAUUUAAAGUUUCAACAGUUAUAAGAAAAGUCUUAAGAAGUUCUUUGAUGUUAAAAUAUAAACCACUUUUUUGCGAUCCUGCAGAAAAAGUCAAAUCUGAUUUCUUCUUAAUUUUAUAAACCCAUGAUAUAAAAUGUAUACGUUUUCUUCUCCUUAGAUGUUAAAGUUAGGCUGAUGGGUUGGUGCAAGAUAGUGAAUGUCUCUGGUGCUUUUCUCCAUCACAUUUUGUCUAAGAGACUCUUAAAGGUACUAAUGAUGUGAUGAUGCCAGUAAAGUUCAGCAAUAUGUGAGGAUUUGCCCGUCACUUUUCCAGCUGAUCAUAGCAAAUAGCAUUUCUGACAUUUCUGCCUUCAUAAACAGGCAGAUGUAGAGUACAUGCAUAGGGUGCACAUUUAAGUACAUUUUAAAAUAAUUACCAUAGAGAUUAUUACAUUUACAAGUAAUAUUUUGCAUUUUUUAUCCAGAAAGCCAAAGACUAUAUUUUUAUUCUUCACAAGGCAUAAAAGAGUUUUUUUAAUCUUAACUUUACAUUUGAAAUAAACAGGUAAUAGGGGUUUAAAUUAGUUCUCUGUUGAUGACUCAUGUCACCAGCAAAAUCCUGUAUAUAUAUAUGCUUCUGUCAGUCUGGACCAGAGUUUUGAGUUAUGUUGAUUUAUUGCAUUAAUGCGCAUAGAGUGAAGGCUGUGAUUUGAUGCCUGGAGCCAGCAUAUUUUCCACCCAUAUUUUGAAUUAUGUUUACAGAGGUGUUGGAGGAGGUGGGGAAUUGGUGUUUUACACCAAUCCAGCAACUAAUUAAGGCUUUAAGGCUAUAUCAUGGCAAGGCAGUCAGCCAGCUGUAAACAGAUGCCACAUGUGUGAACAGCUUGUCCGAAAUGAAAGCUGAACCGAGAACAGCCAACCUUCACUGGUUUCGGUGACAGGUGCUAAUUACUGUUAUGCCACCAGGCAGCCGUCAUGUGUACAGAAGUUUUGUAAAUCUCAAAAAUCAGGCUUAAAAAAGUAUGUCUAUAGCAUAUGUGUGUGUGUUCAUGCUAAAAUAAUAAGUAUUUAUCAUAACUGACCUGUCUUUCACAUCACAGAGGAACAAGGGGAGGCAUAUUGCUUACCAGGAAGUGAGCAGAUAAAAUCCUGGGAACACCAAAAUCUGUUAUGUGUAAAUGACAUCAAAUGUGAAUGAUUUUGAAGAACAAAUCGUGUAUUACAGACUGGCAAUGCAUGUGGGUGCGUGCAGAAAACAAGUUUUUGAGUGUUUUUGUGUACUGAAAGGACAAGUCAGCCAUGGUUCCAUAUUGCAUACCCAUGGAUAUUUUGUUCCAGGCGCCUUUAUGGAUGCCCACUAUUUUCUUAAAAGGAUCCAGUCACAAUUAAAUGUGUAUGUAAAAUAAUGUUGUUUAAGGUGUUGAAUGUAUUUUUAUGUUGUUUUAACUGAUGUACAAGAUCUUUCUCAAGAUCCUUAUGUAAACUUUAAUAGAGCCACACAGUAAUUUUUGUCUCUGCUUUUCAGGCUGUGAUAUAAUUUAACUUGUAUGCUGGACUUGAACAUAUAUAUUUAUCAGCAUUGGUGAAGUUUAACUGAUUGGUUUGCUGAUGCAUCAUGCUUCAGCACCGUCCAUGCCCUUAUAUUCUUAUUUAUUUAUGCCUUCUGUGCUGAUAUCAUGAUUUCUGAUUUCUUUUUAGUAAUUUGGAGUAACUUUGUGUGCUGUUUAUUGAAAACACUUAGGAAAAUUUCCUUAACCCUCACCACUAGCUACCACAGCAAAUAUAAAACCAUUUAAAUAUGACCAUGGAUGCACACGGUCUAAGAAUUAGUGCAAUUAAUGCAAAAAUUUUUUUUUAAAACCUUCAAAAAAACGGCAAGAAUUCUUUGCAUCCAUCAAUUCUGCAUUUUGCAACAAUUUUACUGACAAGACUAGAUUCAUUACCUAACAUUCAUAUAUGUUGCAUCUGUUUAUAAGCCACUGAAAGUACACAUUGAACAAACGUAAUGGGUACUUUUCAUGAAAAUAAGCCCGAGAAUGAUUUUUUAUGAUGCUUAUGCAUGAUGCCCUACCCCAAAUAUAAGGCCUAGUUAAGAUCUUCAAAUGGGCGGAUUUCAUUAGUCCAUUGAAUCACAUAACAGAUAUAUUGAAUUAUAAAGUAAUGAUAUUAAUAUAUAAAUAAUUAACAUUAUAUAUGUUAUGAUGUUUCAGAUGACAUCACUAUUAGAAUAAAUGUAGAUUUUUGUACAUAAAAAUAAUACAUCCCCUGGAAAUAAUCCCUAAUACCUCCUUUUGGAGCAAUACUUAAUAUAAGACCUCAUCUUAUUUUGAGGGAAACAUGGUAAUAAUAAACAUACUGGAAAGGAACACAGGCCUCUCAAGUCAUCUUGGGGAAAAUCCAUAAAUAUGGUUUCCUUAAACCAGACCCCUGCUUGAAGAAAAAAUUAGGCACAGUUCUACAAAAAAAAAUUUUCAUUCCAGCAUAUCAAGUCACACACCAGUGACAUAUUGUUAUUUAAUAAUGUUGGGCUGAAAUAAAGAAAACCAAAAUAACUUAUUAUUGCAGUUCUACAGCUAACAACUUCAACAUUAUUAAGGAUUAAAAAGGCAUGAUUCAAGUCAUCCAAAUAUUUGACAGUCUAGCAGAUCAAAUAGCUAUUGAUACUGUCCUUCACUUACACAAGCUAUAUAGAUAUUUUGGCAGGAAAUAAGCAAAAGAAAGAAGAGACCAACUUAUUCAUGAACUGUUAUUAAUGUAAUAACUAUUCAUUGUAUUAUCUCUGGAAUGUUAUUAAAUGCGCAAUCUCUUUUGAAGAAAACAGUGCACAAAAAUUCACACCCUUUGAAUCACCUAAUAUAUAUAAUACAUACAUUCACGGUGUAAAUAGACACACACAAAAUUAUACAUACAAAUAUGCGUAAGUGUGCUGGCACAGGAACAAUACAAAAAGAAGAUAUGGAAAAAAAAAUCAGGCAUGGGAAAAUCUUAAAUGUGGCAUUCCAGCAUUGUUGAGACCAUUUGAAAUCUUGUUGUUGACACAGGCUGUCUGGCCAUUGGGUAAAUUUGCACACAGUAUGUCAAAUGUAAAUAAUGUAGUUAUGUUUGUAUUUUUUUUGUAAUGCUGUUAAAAUAUUUGAGUCAUGUAAGAAUAUGGAAAUCUGUUGCAUUCUUGAAGAUGCAGAGGGUAUUGAAGUAUAAAUCGAAUGGAUUUAUUUCUGAUUUUGGAUAUGCUACUUUUGUGGGGUUUUUGUCUCGUGCUAGAGUGAAGUACAAUGCUACUUUUAUGGGGUUUUUGUCUCAUGCUAGAGUGAAGUACAAACUGAUACUGAUAAAAUCCCCUAUCAGAGAUAUAGAAUGCAUCUAUACUGAGGGGGAAAAAAAAAUCACAUUUGCAUCCAGAAUAUGUGAUAUCAUAAAAUGCGUGCAUAAAGUACCAGUGUCUCAGAAUACAUUAUUAUUAUUAUAAAAUGCCUCUAUGUUAAGAAAGAAAUACAUCUGUAUCCAGAAUGUGUGAUUGAAUUACAAAAUUAUAGCAUGUAUGUUCCAUUGGUUUAUAAAGAAUGGAGUAUAAAAUACCAAUCUCACAAAAUUCAUUUAUUUAGUACCUAUGUCAAAUGCAUUUAUAUCGUCCUGAUGUCACAAAAUGCAUUUAUAUAGUACCAAUGUCAAAUGCAUUUACAUAGUAACUGUAGAAAAUGCAUGCACAAGGGUUGUUCCACUUCCACGGCCUAGACAUGGCAAUAAAACGAACUCAAAGAACUUUUUAAACAUUUUUCUCUUAUUCUUCAACUCAUUUUAAACUUUUUCAACAUAGUCACUGCCAAUUACAACAUAUAUUUCUGCCCUGUGGGUGCAUUUUGAAAAUGAUCAAAAAAUGCUGAUUUAGGCAUCAAUUUCAGCUCUUCCCUCACUCCAGCAAUGACCAAAUCAUCGACUAUGCCUUGGUUUCAGGGUCCAGAUUGUAGAACCAAUAUUCAUCACCUGUGGUGAUGUGCUUGAAGCCAGGAGAACGCCCGUGAUUGAAAGUUUCCAAGAAUUCCUUGCACCAGUCCACAGGGUUUUUUUCACUUGUCCGUCAGCAACCUUGGCACCCAGCAAACUAACUUCUUGCUGAAGCCCAAAUUGUGAUGGAUGAUCCUGUGAAGACUUGUAGAAGGAAUUCCCAGCUCCAUCUCCCUGAUGCUUACAUGGCCAUCACUUUCCAAGUAUUCACGAACUUUGUUGACAUUGUCUGGGUCUCUUGAUGUCCUAGGCCUUGGUUCACAAUGUUUGUCAUCACAGCGGAAAUGACCACUGCCAAAUCACCGAAACCAGUCUGUGACAGUCAUUUUAGAUGGCACAUCAUCACCAUAAAUUUCUUUCAGCUCCUGGAAACUGUCAACAGCCUGAGAGCCAUGCCAAAAGUGAUGCAACAUAAUAACUUGAAAGUCACGCACUCAGUGGAGUGUGCAUUGACUUUCUUCUCCUCUCCAUCCUGGAAAAAAUGGGAGGGGAAAAAUUAUGAAAAAAAUAUGGAAACACCAUGAAGAAUCACUCUAUCAUGUCCACAUGGUCUUCACUAGCUGAAAGCACAUAAAAUACUGGUCUGGGCGGAAGUGGAACAUCCCUUGUAAAUGUAGUACCAAUGUCUCAGAAUGCAUUUAUAUAGUGACCAAGUGUCUUUUUGUGUGUUACUUGCAAUACUUGUUUUUGGAGGCCUCAAGGGAAAUAAAGAGACAAUGUUAAUAUUA